AUGCCCGAUAAGAUCCAGAUGGGCAAAGACCUCCAGACCGACUUCCCAGCGAGAAAGCCUAGGAAUCUGGAGGUCAAGUUAAAGCACCUUGGGCGAGGAAAAGGAAUGAGUGAAAUCAAAUCGAAGAGACCACCAGCAUCCAAAAGUAUGGAAAAUGAACGGACGGCCACGACGAAGGCCAAAGAGGGGAGGGUGGAAAAGUUGGUCGUAGAGAGGUUGAAGAGAAAGAAGCCAAAGAGAACAACAAAUCCAGGAGGGGAAGGAUGGGAACCUGGGAUGGGGCUGUAUCUAAAUUACCAUACACGGUCUCACCCGUUGCCAUCCGACGGGGAGGGAAACCAAUCAAAAGUCAAUUAUUAG